CACCCCUAAAUCGCAGUUCCCACGGCACGGGCCGCACUUGUUCCUACUUUUCUGUGUAAACAACAUCCAGAAGCGCUCUCGCGCAAAAAGGAAACCCUAUUGGCCAGCAGGUGAGCCCGCACACGCAAUCCCCGCCAGUCAACCCAAUUAGCCUGAUUUCGUGUACGUCAUCGUUGGGCCCAAAAUAAUUUGCAUUGCGACCAGCCAAAUCAACGGACCAAAGUCGCAUUUGCAUUGUUUCGAUGACGUCCGCCUUUACUAUUUAUAUGGCCAGCGGCCAGAGGCCAUAGCACAAUGAGCUGUUUCGGAGAGAUCUCUGUCAGAUUAGCGCAAAUUAACUUGACAAAAGGCGCGCAUGAUGACCACUUAGCACCUUAGAUGAUAGACUCGUUUCGGUUUCGGUUUUGACUAAAGCAAACAUGCAGCACAGCAGCGCGGGAAGCGAGGAGCGGAUUACCAGUUCCACCAGCAGCCCAAGGUCUGGGCACAAAUCCGCUGGCACUUUGUUCGGUUUGCUGAGCAAACGACCCAGUAAAGUAGAGCCACAUCCCGUGACCCCCGAAUCUCCGAGACUCCAACAGAGACCUGUGUCCGCCUGCGGACAGUAUGAUGUGAGCUUUGCCAAGUGCAAUGCGGAAACCGCAGGAAACCACGUGAACAACAAUGGCAGCACCCACAAAAGCCAAACCCUGCCUUUGGAAAAGUCGCACAGCGGUCUGAUCAGCUUCCACAGGCGCGCCAAGCCGAGUUCUUCGAAAGGAAAGAAUCACUCGCAUCGCCACAGCACCGAUGCGGGUUCCCAGAGCGAUGGAGGAGCCGAUGUGGUAAUGCGGCACAAGUCCCCCAAACAUCGUUCACCAAAUCACAACAGAUUUAGCCACCAGUUCAGUCUGUGCUGCAAGGCGGAAAAGAAACCGAUGACGCCGCCGGUCACCGUGCGUUACAACUCCAUACCGGAUAGCAACAGUGUGCUGAGGCGCGAUAACCUCUCGCUCAGCUUGAGCAUGGUGGACAACAACUCAGUGUCGCUGCACUCCAGCGAGGGAUCGUCCCAUCGACCGCGUCCGUCCAGCGAGUGCGCCAGUGCCCCGGAAUCGCCGGUGGCCAGCAAAACCUUCUUCGCCCAAUGCAGUCCGGCAGCAGCCAACGCUUCGGUGGUGCGGAGCGAAAGCCUACAGCAUCGGUCGCCCAUUAGACCCAUGGCAGUGUCCGCCUGUCGUUCGCGACUGCGCUUAAAGCUGUAUCCACCCGGUCAGGAGUUGCCGCCUCUGCAGGCAGCCGAGGAGCCGGGAGACAUUAAAAGAGCCACUACGCCGCAACAUAUGUCCUCGCCCAAUAUUGCUACCCAACCAGAUGGAGUUGACCACAUGCAGGAGGAGCCUGGUGUGCGGUUUAUGUCUCACGAGAAUAUGACCCUCCAACGACAAGGAUCGGGAUCCAAUCUGGCGCGUCAAACUCUAAUGGCAGCACAUGCAUUGAAUCUCAUCCCGGCGGAGAAAGCCAGGGAACGAAGCUAUCUGGAUGGCAGACUGGGAUCGUCUUCCCUGCUGGGACCCAGUGAGCUAAGUCGCGUGUUGCCCCAAAAGGAGGUCACUAUUUUCGUAGGCACAUGGAACAUGAACGGGCACAGUCCACCCAAGCAACUGAACGACUUUGUGCUGCCGCCCAAUGUGGAGCACGUUCCAGACAUUGUGGUAAUGGGCACACAAGAAUCAAGCCCAGAUCGGUUUGACUGGGAAGUCACCAUACAGGAGACCCUGGGACCUUCCCAUGUGCUUUUCCACGCCACGACUCUAGGCACUCUUCAUCUGGCUGUGUACAUGCGGCGGGAUCUGAUCUGGUACUGCUCCGUUCCCGAGGAUGCCUCCAUGUCGGUGCGCACGGGAUCGGCCUUUCGGACCAAAGGAGCCGUGGCCAUAUCCUUUUGCCUGUUUGGCACUUCCAUGCUGUUCGUGACCUCGCAUUUAACAGCGCAUCAGCAGAAGGUUAAAGAGCGCGUUUCGGAUGUGAAGCGGAUUAUCAAUGCCCUGGACUUGCCCCGAAAUUUGCCCAAUCAGCGGCAUAAGAACAAAGAUGUCACCCAGAACUUUGACAACGUAUUUUGGUGCGGUGACCUGAACUUUCGGCUGGGCGAGCCCCGCGAAAAGUUGCUGGAGUGGAUUCAGAACACAAAGUUUCCUUUGCCGUCGCACUUGCCCCACGGCUACAUGCACACGGAUCAGUUGACUUCUGUUCUGGCGGAUGGCGCCGCCUUCCGAGGAUUCAUGGAGGCCAACAUCACAUUUCCACCCACUUAUAAAUACGAUCCCAACAGCCAGAACUUUGACACAUCCUCGAAGCAGCGAGCGCCCGCUUAUACGGAUCGGAUUCUCUAUAAAUAUCGCCAAAUGCAGGGCUUAGUCAUCCGACGACAGACUAUUGUGCCCGGUGUGUCCACGCCCACGCAGCCAUAUGUCCAGUGCCUGUUGUACGAUUCGGUGCCGUCUAUAACCACCUCGGAUCACAAGCCUGUGUGGGCGCUCUUCCGAACACUAAUUCGGGCUGGAACCGAUGCAAUUCCCCUCGCUGCUGGCCUUUUUAGUCGUGACAUUUAUUUGGAGGGAAUGCGUCGGCGCUUGAAUAACCAAUAUACCGGCGCCUCGGCCGUAUGUGUGCUUCAGUAAACCACUGAGAUGCUAACCAAAGCUAGGAAUAGUAGUCUUUUAAGCUGGCUUCCUUUUAGCCACCCACCCACUGUGGAAUCUGUUUAGUCAUUUACUCGAAUCUCAAAGUGCUAGUCAAAGCUUUCCUACGGUUGUGUGACGCCUUUGUAUUAACCCGAUUAGAUUGUUAUCUAGUGCGCUGUCGGAGAGCCGAAUUAACGAUUUAACUAUGACUUACCCUGCGAUGCUGCGGUAGUUCUUAGGCGCUGCCUUUUGCCUUGUGGCCUUAGUCGUAAUACGUUCCUUAUGAGAUUACUGAAUACAUACUCGAGCAACAAAUAUGUACCUCUACUCUGAAGCACAAGCUUAGUCCGUAGUUAAACUAAAUUUGUUAGUUAAAGUUUAGUCAAAUAUUGAAAUGAAAUCCAAAUAAUAAUUACUUCGAAUGUGUAAUCUAAAUUAGCAGUAAAUAUACUUUAUGAAUCUGGCGAGAGAGCUUUACUAACUGUUGAAAUACUUUACUAUUUAUUGUUAGCUUUAUUAUUUAAUUCUUAUUUAGUUUUUAUAAGAGUUAUUGUUGAAUUAUGUACAGUGAAGUUGAAUUUUUUUAUAAUUUGCGAAUCUAAUGAAGUUUUUAAUUUGUUUUAAGUAAGUGUUUGCAAACCAAAUGAAGUUUUUAAUUUGUUUUAAGUAAGUGUUAAGUUUUGUUUACUUUCAUUAAACGAUUGAACGGCUGAGUUUCACGGUUCCUUACUUAAA